GCGGUUAUUUUGGUUUGAAUCUGCUACGGUUGCCUAUAGCGGUUUUUUAAACGCCAGGAGCGACGUACAUGGAAGCACGUGGCGUUGCGAUUAGCAAAGAAUUUCAAAAAGCGAAGAACAACGACAACACACCUGUUUCGACGAUGUCUAAGCCGGAUUGUUAUCUUCUGCUCGAGGAUGGAACCGCAAUGCCUGGGCAAGCCUUUGGGGCGAAAGGCAAGGAACGUGAAGGCGAAGUGGUCUUUCAGACCGGCAUGGUGGGCUACACGGAGGCCCUUACAGAUCGUUCGUUCAUGGAUCAGAUAUUGGUGCUGACCUAUCCAUUGAUUGGUAACUAUGGUGUGCCCGAUGCGGAGCAACUCGAUCAAUUUGGCAUCCCCGAGCACUUCGAGUGGUACAAAGGGGAGGUGCAGGCAGCAGGCCUUGUCGUGGGUGAGAUCUGCGAGACACCAUCCCAUUGGCGCUCCAAGCAAACAUUAUCUCAGUGGCUGGAACAGCACAAGGUGCCCGGUAUUAGCGGCAUCGAUACCCGGGCCUUGACCAAGAAACUACGCGAGAAGGGCAGCCUUCUGGGCCGCAUUGUCUAUCAACUGCCCGAAAAUCUGAACGCUCUAAAGUUCGAGGAUCCCAACAAACGUAAUCUGGCCAAAGAGUGUUCCAUUAAAAAGGAACUGCUCUUUAAUUCGAAGGGCGGACCGCGUAUUGCCGUUCUGGAUUGUGGUCUCAAGCUAAACCAGCUACGUUGUCUGAUCAAGCGAGGAGCGUCGGUUCAACUGCUGCCCUGGAAUGGCAAGCUAGAUGAGACCCAGUACGAUGCCCUCUUCCUGAGCAAUGGUCCCGGCAAUCCCGAGAACUGCAGCGAAAUUGUCGAUGUGGUUCGCCGUGUGAUCGAGGCGGGCACCAAGCCCAUUUUUGGCAUUUGUCUGGGCCAUCAGCUGCUGGCCACUGCCAUAGGUUGCAACACCUACAAGAUGAGGUACGGCAAUCGAGGCCACAACUUACCGUGCCUUCAUCGCGCCUCGGGUCGCUGUCUACUUACAUCACAGAAUCAUGGCUACGCCGUUGACCUUACCAAGCUGCCAACCGACUGGGAGGAGCUCUUUGUCAACGUUAAUGACGAAUCCAAUGAAGGUAUUGUGCAUACAAGCAAGCCUUACUUUUCAGUGCAGUUCCAUCCCGAGCACCAUGCCGGACCACGCGAUACAGAAUUUCUAUUCGAUGUCUUCCUUGACUCCAUACGCGAUCGGGCAUCGACCAUUCCUCAGCUUAUUCAGCGACGACUGAGCUAUACGCCAAUUCAGCCCAGUGUGCCCACCAAGCAACCGAGAAAGGUGCUAAUAUUAGGCUCUGGUGGGCUAUCCAUUGGACAGGCUGGUGAAUUCGACUACUCGGGCUCACAGGCCAUCAAAGCUCUGCGCGAAUCGAAUAUCCAAACGGUGCUCAUUAAUCCCAAUAUUGCGACGGUGCAAACCUCAAAGGGAAUGGCAGACAAAUGCUAUUUUCUGCCCCUAACGCCACACUAUGUGGAGGAGGUAAUUAAGUCGGAGAGACCCACAGGUGUGUUGCUUACCUUCGGCGGCCAGACGGCACUAAAUUGCGGAAUCGAACUGGAACGAAGCGGUGUUUUUAAAAAAUAUAAUGUACGAAUUUUGGGCACACCCAUACAGUCCAUCAUUGAGACAGAAGACCGCAAACUGUUCGCGCAGCGUGUCAACGAGAUUGGCGAACGUGUGGCACCCUCAGAAGCUGUCUACUCAGUGGCGGAGGCCUUGGAAGCGGCUAAUCGCUUGGGCUAUCCGGUUAUGGCCCGUGCCGCGUUCUCUUUGGGCGGGCUCGGCUCCGGCUUUGCGGACAAUGAAACGGAGCUGGAGAAUCUGGCCGAACAGGCCUUGGCUCACUCUAGCCAGCUGAUUAUUGACAAAUCGCUCAAAGGUUGGAAGGAGGUGGAAUACGAGGUGGUGCGCGACUCUUUCGACAAUUGUAUCACAGUUUGCAACAUGGAGAAUCUGGACCCCCUGGGCAUACACACAGGCGAGAGUAUUGUGGUCGCACCUUCGCAGACUCUUUCCGAUCGUGAAUACAAUAUGCUGCGCUCUACCGCUCUCAAGGUGAUUCGUCAUUUCGGCGUCGUGGGCGAGUGUAAUAUUCAAUAUGCCCUCAAUCCGCAUUCCGAGGAGUACUUCAUAAUCGAAGUGAAUGCACGUUUGUCGCGCAGCUCAGCAUUAGCCAGCAAGGCGACUGGCUAUCCAUUGGCCUACGUGGCCGCCAAGCUGGCCCUCGGCAUCGCCCUGCCCAACAUUAAAAAUUCAGUAACUGGAAAUACAACCGCCUGCUUCGAGCCUAGCUUGGACUAUUGUGUUGUGAAAAUACCACGUUGGGAUCUGGCGAAAUUUGUGCGCGUUAGCAAGAACAUUGGCAGCUCAAUGAAGAGUGUGGGUGAGGUAAUGGCUAUAGGACGUACUUUUGAGGAGGCAUUUCAAAAGGCGUUACGCAUGGUUGAUGGCGAUGUGCAAGGUUUUGAUCCCUAUGUGGCAGCUGUGGAUAAGGAUCUGCUGUCCGAGCCAACAGAUCGUCGCCAAUUCGUGUUGGCCGCCGCGCUCAGAGCUCAAAUGUCCAUUGAUGAACUGCAUCAGUUGACCAAAAUUGAUCGAUGGUUCCUUCAUAAGCUGGCGCACAUUAUUAAAGUCUAUGGGGAGCUGGAGAGUGCAGGCAACCAGCUGAGCUCCGAGCUGCUGCUGCGUGCCAAACGCCUGGGCUUCGCAGAUAAACAGAUUGGAUCGGCGACAAAUAGUACUGAGCUGGCGGUUCGAAAUCAACGACGUCUGGCAAACAUCAAACCAUUUGUGAAGCAAAUCGACACGGUAGCUGGCGAGUGGCCAGCAAGCACAAACUAUUUGUACAACACAUAUAACGCUUCGGAGCACGAUUUGGAGUUUCCCGGCGGACAUAUCAUUGUCGUCGGCUCCGGUGUCUAUCGCAUUGGCAGUUCUGUGGAGUUCGAUUGGUGUGCCGUCGGCUGUUUGCGCGAGCUUCGCCAGCUGCAAAAGUCCACUAUUAUGAUCAAUUAUAAUCCAGAGACUGUGUCCACUGACUAUGAUAUGUGCGAUCGUCUUUAUUUCGAAGAGAUCAGCUUUGAGGUUGUGAUGGACAUUUACGAAAUGGAAAAAUCAGAUGGCAUUAUACUCUCGAUGGGUGGCCAACUGCCCAAUAAUAUUGCCAUGGAUCUGCAUCGUCAGCAGGCCAAGGUUUUGGGCACAUCCCCCGAGUCUAUUGAUUGUGCCGAGAAUCGUUUCAAAUUUUCCCGCAUGCUGGAUCGUAAAGGUAUUUUGCAGCCACGCUGGAAAGAGUUGACCAACUUACAGUCGGCAAUUGAAUUCUGCGAGGAGGUGGGCUAUCCAUGCUUAGUGCGACCAUCAUAUGUUUUAUCUGGCGCCGCCAUGAAUGUCGCCUACUCGAAUCAGGAUCUGGAAACAUAUUUAAAUGCCGCCUCGGAAGUUAGUCGCGAACAUCCAGUGGUCAUCUCAAAGUUCCUCACCGAGGCCAAGGAGAUCGAUGUCGAUGCUGUUGCCGCCGAUGGACAAAUUCUAUGUAUGGCCGUCUCGGAGCAUGUAGAAAACGCCGGGGUUCACUCAGGCGAUGCUACAUUGGUCACACCACCCCAGGAUCUAAACGCCGAAACGUUAGAGGCAAUCACGCGCAUUGCACGUGAUAUGGCCUCCAUGUUGGAUGUGACUGGACCUUUCAACAUGCAACUCAUUGCAAAGAACAAUGAGCUCAAGGUCAUUGAGUGCAACGUGCGAGUCUCUCGCUCCUUUCCCUUCGUCUCAAAAACACUGGACCAUGAUUUUGUGGCCACGGCCACGCAAGCCAUUGUAGGCAUGUCUGUGGAGCCGGUGGACGUGCUUCAUGGCGUCGGCAAGGUGGGCGUCAAGGUGCCACAAUUUAGUUUCUCCCGUCUGGCCGGCGCCGAUGUACAACUGGGCGUUGAGAUGGCCUCAACCGGUGAGGUGGCCUGCUUUGGUGACAAUCGGUAUGAGGCCUAUUUGAAGGCCAUGAUGUCUACAGGCUUUCAGAUACCAAAGAAUGCCAUACUUUUGUCCAUCGGCAGUUUUAAGCACAAAAUGGAACUACUACCUUCCAUUCGAGAUUUGGCCAAAAUGGGAUACAAACUGUACGCCUCAAUGGGUACUGGCGAUUUCUAUGCAGAGCACGGAGUUGACGUGGAGUCCGUGCAAUGGACCUUCGAUAAGACCACGCCCGAUGACAUCAACGGCGAGCUCCGACACUUGGCUGAAUUCCUUGCCAACAAGCAAUUCGAUUUGGUUAUCAACCUGCCGAUGCGUGGUGGGGGCGCGCGACGCGUGUCCUCGUUCAUGACGCAUGGCUAUCGCACCCGCCGUCUGGCCGUCGACUAUUCCAUACCUCUGGUGACGGACGUGAAGUGCACGAAACUGCUUGUGGAGUCGAUGCGGGUGACUGGACGGAAUCCGGCCAUGAAGACGCACACGGACUGCAUGACGUCGCGUCGGAUUGUGACGCUGCCGGGCUUUAUCGAUGUGCACGUUCAUCUGCGCGAACCAGGCGGCACACACAAGGAGGACUUUGCCAGCGGAACAGCCGCGGCUCUGGCUGGGGGAGUUACCAUGGUUUGUGCGAUGCCCAACACCAACCCGGCGAUUGUCGAUCGCGAGACCUUCACACAGUUCCAGGAACUUGCCCGUCAGGGCGCCCGCUGUGACUAUGCCUUGUAUGUGGGCGCAACAGAUACGAAUUGGGCGCAACUGCCGGAGCUGGCCAGCCAGGCAUUCGGCCUUAAAAUGUAUCUCAACGAUACCUAUGGAAAAUUGCGUAUGAGCGAUAUGGGUGCUUGGCAGCGCCAUCUUAGCCAUUGGCCGAAACGGGCGCCCAUUGUGUGUCAUGCGGAGAGCCAAUCCAUGGCCGCCAUCAUCUUGUUAGCUCACAUGAUGGAUCGCCCCAUCCACAUUUGUCAUGUGGCGCGCAAGGAGGAGAUCCUCAUCAUACGCGCUGCCAAGGAGAAGGGAAUUCGUGUUACCUGUGAGGUGUGUCCGCAUCAUUUGUUUCUCAGCACACGCGAUUUGGAACGCCUAGGAGCUGGUAAGAGUGAAGUGCGUCCCAUAUUGUGCUCAUUGGAGGAUCAGGAGGCAUUGUGGGAGAACAUUGAGUAUAUUGAUGUGUUCGCCACCGAUCAUGCUCCGCACACACUUGCCGAAAAGGAAUCGGAGCAACCACCACCAGGCUUCCCAGGUCUAGAGACCAUCUUGCCUCUGUUGCUGCAAGCCGUCAACGACGGUCGCCUCACACUGGAGGAUAUAAAGCGGAAGUUCUAUCGCAAUCCUAAGAACAUUUUCAAUCUGCCCGAUCAGCCCAACACCUAUGUGGAGAUCGACAUCGACGAGGAGUGGACCAUAACCAAUAGCGAGUUGAAGACCAAGGCCAGCUGGACGCCAUUCCAUGGCACGAAGGUCAAGGGUAAAGUGCAUCGCGUCGUGCUGCGUGGCGAAGUGGUCUACAUCGAUGGUCAGGUGCUGGUGCAGCCAGGCUAUGGACAAAAUGUACGUACACCCCAAUACAGCGCCAAAGCAUUGAUCGCCCAGCAGCAACUGGACGCUAUGGGUGUGUGCGAGGGGCGACCGUUGGGAGACACUAGCUUUGAACGGGGCACGGAAUUGCCCAGCGAUACAGAUGCCAACGACACCUUCACUCGUCUGUUAACCGAUGGUGUUCCUGGCCGGGCCACUGUCCAUUUCACAGAGGAUGCGGGGGUGGGCUCCGGCACGAGCGGCGCCGCCAACUUUUUGCGUCCGAUAUCACCAUCCCCUCGCGUGCGACUCGACUCCUCCAGCAAUGCGACCCUCAAGGAGUAUUUGCAAAAGACAGCGGGCCUAGGACCCAACCAACCAGUCAGCCCAGUGGCACACUGUCUGGUGGGCAAGCACGUGCUCUCUGUGGAUAUGUUCAGUAAGGAUCAUCUCAACGACAUCUUCAAUUUGGCACAGUUGCUCAAGUCACGUGUCACUAAGGAUCGACCCGUCGACGAUCUCCUUCGUGGCAAGAUCAUGGCCUCAAUUUUCUAUGAGGUAAGCACAAGGACUCAGUGCAGCUUUGCAGCAGCAAUGCAACGCCUCGGCGGACGUGUCAUCAACAUGGAUCAGGUCACAUCGUCCGUUAAGAAGGGCGAGACUUUGGAAGAUAGCAUCAAGGUGAUGGCCAGCUAUGCAGAUGUCAUGGUGCUGCGUCAUCCUGAGCCGGGCGCCGUUUCGCGUGCCGCCUCUUAUUCCCGCAAGCCUCUGAUUAAUGCCGGCGAUGGCGUCGGUGAGCACCCAACCCAAGCACUGCUCGACGUAUUCACCAUACGUGAGGAAAUCGGCACUGUCAAUGGUCUAACCAUAACCAUGGUCGGUGAUUUAAAGAAUGGACGUACAGUCCACUCGCUGGCUCGUCUACUCACACUCUACAAUGUCACGCUGCAAUAUGUCUCUCCCGAGGGCCUGGGCAUGCCCGAGAACAUUAUGCGCUAUCUGGAGAUGCGCGGCGUCACACAGAGAACCAUACGCACAAUAGAGGAAGCGUUGCCAACAACCGAUGUCCUCUAUAUGACUCGCAUCCAACGCGAACGUUUCCAGAGCGAGGAGCAAUAUCAGCGCGCCUGCGGCCACUUCAUCGUAACGCCCAAGCUGAUGACACGGGCCAGCAAGCGCACCAUUGUUCUGCAUCCUUUGCCGCGCGUCUUCGAGAUCAGUCGGGACUUUGACUCGGAUCCUCGGGCCGCAUACUUCCGCCAGGCCGAGUACGGUAUGUACAUACGGAUGGCUCUGCUCGCCAUGGUCGUCGGAUGUCGCAACUCGGCCCUCUGAAUGGGGACGCUCAUCUUUUCUUUUUUGUUUUUUGACACAUACAUACAUAUUUGUUUGCU